AUGGCUUACAACAAGUCAUACAACCCCGAUGCGCUGCCAGCGCAUGCUGAACCGGAACAAGUCGCCCAGUUGAUCGGCUCGAUGCAAGUAUCCUCACAACCGCAGGCUCAACGACCUCCUCGAACAUCGUCUCAUGCUCCGCCCGGCGGCCACCCUCAGCGAGUUCCCGCCACGAACGCUCAGAUCAACAAGCCCCUACCUGCGACUGGGCCGCCACCCGCAAACCAUGCGCGUCCGCAUCCCCUCCACCCCUCGCCUCCACCCCAAAACUACGGCUUCGGGCCCCCUCCUUCGCAGCCCGUACGCAAUCGUCCUUCCCCAGUGUCGCGUCCACCUCAAUCCCCCCAUCCGCCUCCUCUGUCCGCGCCGCACGAUGACCCGCAGCAGCUCUUCCCACUCUUCCGCGCGGCCAAUGCCUCGCACUCGGGCGCUUUGACCGAGAUGGAGCUCGGAUCCGCCCUCGUAAACGGCGACUAUACCUCUUUCCAUCCCAAGACCGUCAAGAUGAUGAUCCGCAUGUUCGACAGGAACAGCAGCGGGACCAUCUCGUUCGACGAGUUCGUAGCGCUAUGGCGGUUUCUCGCUGCGUGGCGGGAGCUCUUUGACCGGUUUGACGAGGAUCGCAGUGGGCGCAUCAGUCUGCAGGAGUUUGAGAAAGCGCUGGUUGCGUUCGGGUAUAGGCUCAGCCAGUCAUUUGUCACGGUGCUCUUUACCACGUUUGAGAGCAAAAAACAACAAAUAAACGGCGGGCAUGGGCUGGCCAAGGAUGGGAUGAGCUUCGAUCUGUUUGUGCAGGCGUGUAUCAGUCUCAGACGGAUGACGGACGUGUUCAAGCGGUAUGACGAGGACCGGGACGGGUAUAUCACACUGAGCUUUGAGGAGUUUUUGACUGAGAUCUUACAGUUACAGGACUAG